GCGUAGUCCAACCAUUGCUCCUUCCAUAAUCGAGAAUGCAGGCCAUUGCUCUUUUGGUAACGCUUUUGUUACCCAUUGUUUUGAUCUACCUUAUUCGCCACGAGAAUGGAGGAUCCUCAUCGGCCUCGGCUGCAAAAAAGAAGAAGAAGUCUAAGAAGAAGUCUUCCAAAGCAGCCGAUUCAACUCAAGCGUCAACGCCAGCUUUGAUUGAUGUUAAAGAUGCAGCAGAUCGCGAAGUCAAAAAGCCUUCUAAGCAAAUGAAGCAAGAGAAACAGAAAGAUAAAGUCAAAGAGAAAGAUACUGUACAAAUUAUUGAUGAACCCAAGGAGGAGGUCACUAUCACCACCGAGAAGGCAAAUACACCCACCGAACAAGAAAAGGCGGCAGCAUUAUCAUUUGUUGAGGAGAGGAUGAAAAAGGCUGCAAAAGACAGUGAAGUUAGUGGCAUGGCUAUUGACCAGCAUAUGGAUAAUACGAGUCGGUUUUCCAGAGUGAUGCGCAUCAAAACGGAUGAGCCGCCAGCCGAAGAGGAAUGGGAGCCAGUGGAACCAGGUUGGAACCGAAAAGCCAGUAAAGCCAGAAGCACGCCUCAAAUAGCAUCAGCCAAUUCCUUUGAACCGUUAACCAAAAAGCAAAGAGAAAAUCUAGCUAAAGCCCGCAAAAAGAAGGAAGCUAAAGCGACUCAGGAAGCAGAGCAAGAAGCUAGAUUGCGACAGCACAAACGCGAAUUGGAGAAACUAAGGAUCAAUGAUUUCUACUCAAAGGGACCUGGUAAAAAGAUAAUAUCCCAAUCAAAUGUGUGGGGUAGCGGCUCACCAGGCAGUGGCAAGCGUCCGCAAGGUGUCGCCAGCCUGAACGAACAUGGACAAUUGAUUUGGGAUUAGAUGCUCAAGUAUUCAGACGUACACACUAUUCUUUACAUUGAAUGGUAACAAAGCUUUGCUUCUUUUUUCUUUGGUAUUUUUUUUUUUUAAAAAAAAGAAGGAAAAACAGAAACUGGAACAAAAGAGAUAAAGCCAAAAAAUGAAAAUGAAGGUGUGGCAAAAUGGUUUGACUUAUGGUGUUACAAAUAAUGACACAG